AUGUCUCGUGAGCCGGUCGAGGCCUUCCCGGCCAUGCCAGCAUUCCCUCCCGAGGGCAAAGCUUUCGACGACAGUGCAAUAAACCCGAAAAGCGACAUCAAAGUCUCCCACAUUCCUAUGCCGCCGCUGCCCACCGUUUCCUCGAGCGCACCGCCUACAUCGACCCUCCCUACCAUCCCCGGCGGUCACUCCGAUGAAGAACAAUCUUCCGAUGGCUCCUCGACGCACAGCAAGCCCGAACGGCAGGAAUCAUCCAACUCGUCGUCCACAUCCGAGCCGGCGACAUCUUCGAACACAAAGGAGACCGAUCCGAAAGAAGAUGCCACACAAAAGACGAGAGCAAGGACUGGAUCCAGUUCUGCAUCCAAAUCUCAGAGCCACGAUCAUGUUAGGAGGUUAUCGGCGGCAGGGAUACAGCAACUGCAGGCGCCCGAAGCUCUACCCAUCGCCGUUGUCCUGGACGGCGCAGCCAACGACCAAGAUCGACCGGUUCAGAUUGCGGAGCAGCUGCAAGCUAUCCGACAGUCGAUUCUCAGCCAGCCGAAUUCUCUGCGGUCGAAUGGGCCUGUCACAGACGGAGGAAGUAGAUCGCGACAACACGAUGAAUGGCGCCGACCGACCUCUGGAAGAACACUCUCCACGCCGCCGACGAACCGGCGGCAAUCUCAGUCUCAAACGACAUCGCCCCGCCGGAAUUCCUUCUACACCGUUGCCAGGCCACCACCGUUAAAUCUCGAGGCCGCCACUCACUUCAACGCCGUGAGCCCCCUGCCGCCGACUCAGAGCAAACUGCCGCAAAUCCAAGUGCCGCCGCCGUCGUUGCAGCAGCCGAAAACAACGAGAAAUGACCCCAUUCCGCCGUCGCCUCUCCCUCCUUCGAUACCCCUCCCACCCAUGUCCAUACCAACGCACCUGCAGCUGGAACUGGCAGCUCAACGGCCGAGUCCUUUGUACAUACACCAUUCACAUACCAACGAUAUUCCAUACGAGUCGUACGCCGUUAAGUGGGAAAGGCUGAAAAACGUCCUCAUGCUCCCGACCUUUCUCGAGCGGACACUGUACUUUGGGGCGCUGGCGUGUCUCGAUGCCUGGCUUUACAACUUUACCAUCUUGCCGAUGAGGUUUUGCAUUGCGUUGAGCGUGCUGGUCAAAUGGUGGGGCUAUCUCGCUGCCAAAGAGGCUCGUUGGAUGAUCGGCUUCGUCUGGUACGGACUGGGUAGAGUAUGGGCAAGAGCCCGGCGGCCAAGGUCCAGGGCUAUGUCGUCCGCCCAACACGAGAAUCCCGACCACCUCGUCAGUCGGGAUAGGAGCCAGAGCCGACCUGCGGAAAGGAGAAUACCCAUGGAAACUGUGGACGUGCGGCCUCCUGGCGAUGUCCCUCCCGUACGUGUUGAUUCGGACGUCAAGACAAAUGGAGGCAACGUGAUAGAGCAGGAGGUCAAGAUGAAUGGUAACGGACACGGAGUCACUUAUAAGUCGAUACCUUCAAACCUGUCUUCGUUCCACAAGGCCGAUUUACUGCAGGGUGCUGUUAUCUUGUGCAGCUCGCUGUUUCUCAUGAAGUUGGACGCCAGUCGUAUGUACCACUUUAUUCGAGCUCAGGAUGGAAUCAAGCUCUAUGUUAUCUACAACGUUCUCGAGGUCGGCGAUCGUCUUCUCUCCGCCCUCGGACAGGAUAUCUUCGAGUGUCUCUUCAGCUCCGAAACUUUGUCUCGAAACAGUUCCGGACGGUCAAAGGUGCUGCUGCCCAUGGGCAUGUUCGCACUUGCUCUCGCCUACAACGUUAUUCAUUCCGUCUCCUUGUACUACCAGGUCAUCACGCUCAACGUGGCCGUGAACUCGUACUCCAAUGCUCUCCUGACUCUGAUGAUUUCGAAUCAGUUCGUCGAGAUCAAGAGUACCGUCUUCAAGCGCUUCGAGAAGGACAAUCUAUUUCAACUGACCUGUGCGGACAUUGUCGAGCGUUUUCAGCUAUGGAUCAUGUUGCUGAUUAUCGGCAUGCGUAACAUCGUCGAAGUCGGUGGUCUUUCUGUACCUGGCGCCGGAUCCGAGAGCGGCAGCGACAUGGGCGGUGGCUCUAUGCCUCUCCACAGCCCUUCAAUCCUGCCUUUCAGUUUCACGGUCCUGCCGUCCUGGGUCUGGUCCGGCGAGGUUUUGUCUCCUUUCCUCAUCGUCAUCGGUAGCGAGAUGCUUGUAGACACCAUCAAACAUGCCUACGUCAACAAGUUCAACAACAUCAAGCCAACAUUCUACAGCCGUAUCCUUGAUAUCCUGUGCAAGGACUACUACACAAAUGCAUUCGUCACACCAUCCUUGACUCGACGACUCGGCCUUGCCGUCAUCCCCCUUUCGUGUCUCUUCAUCCGCGCUUCAGUGCAGACAUACCACAUGUUUCUCUCGACUCGUAUUCCCACACCGCUCCCGGAAUCAACGCAGACGUCUCUUUCCGUCGAGUCUGCCACGCCGUCUUCGCCGGUCAUGGUAGCCGCCCUCGACCGCCUCGAUACCCUUCUUCGCGAUGCGCUCGGCCGCGCAGUCUACGGCUACCCCCACGGGUCCCCUACGUUCAAGGCGCGGUCGUGGUGGUCCUGGACAAGCGACGACGUCAUUGCAGCCGUCACGAUGAUCGUUGUCUUCUUCAUCGCCUUCCUCGUCUUGCUCAUCAUCAAGCUGCUGCUGGGCAUGGUCCUUUUGCGGUACUCGCGCAACCGAUACGCCAAGAUGAAGCGUAAGGAGCACUUGGUGGCGAUGGGGCAGGAGGAGCGUGAGUCUUACGACGCCAAGGGGAAGCGUGUUGGCGGGUACGGGCAGAUUGAAGUCACGGAGGACAGACGGAGAUGGAUUCACGCAGACGACAAGGAGGGGCUGAAAGGUGGUAAAGGGCGCGUGCAAAAGCAGGAAAAGCCGCCAGAGGGUGAUUACAACGGCGUCUACCGGUAUGAAAUGGUUGCGAAGAGGAUCUGGUAG